AUGUGCAAUCUGCUGGGGUCUCGCGGGGUUGUACUCUGCGGCUUUGCAGCCUUCGUAAGCUGCGCUACUCUGAUGACCAGGUCCGGACCCCCCGCCGAAGUGUUAUGGCCUCAUGAAGACUGGAACCGACCUCCACCACCGGACACAUGCCGUCGCACUCGGUUUAUGCCCUUCCUUGCCGGCUGCCCCAAGUCCUGCGCCGAUCUUCGGCCUGACAAGCCGACAGAGCGCUUCUACAAGACUGCGGUGAUUUGGCGUUUGGGCCGCUUGAAGGAGAUCCACAAUGCCACAGCAGCAGCAGCCCUCACAGACACGGCCAUGGCACAGCGGUUUACAGCGGAUGCGGCGUACAUCCACGCCUUCGCAGGAGCGGAGCAAAGCCUCACUGAGCAGCAAGCCCAGGAAACCCAAGCUUUGGGCCUGGGACCACUGAGCCUGUCGCAGCAGCGGAACGUGCACAUGAGCCUUGCAUACCUCUGCUGUCUCACGUCCACAGAGAUGGCAACUGUUAACGAGGUCGUCGGGCGGUGGCUGCAGCAGCAGAUGCACGUGGACUUUCAAGCCGUCUUCGAUCGUGUUGAGUGCUGGCAGGAGCGAGUCGACUCGAUAACCAACAUCAUCGUCGCCAACGAAGCUACGCAGAGGACGGUGAUGAAGCUCUACCAAUCGCUCCUGCGUUCGAUCGAAGAUGCUGGUGUCCCCCAGCCCGUUCAGCGGGAUGACCAGAUGCCGUUCCACAUGACCUUGUUGGGUUUGCGCACGGUCGGCUCGGACAUCUCAGCCUAUCUGACACCUGUUGCUCGGGCCGUCGAUGCUGCGACGAGGCAUUUUGCCGGCGGUGUGUCCACGCGCAUUCGCGGCGCUCCCAAGCUGGACGAGCCGACUCCGGAGGUGGAACCGAGGAGAGCUCUGUCUUCUGCGGCUUCGUCAUUCGACAACGCUUGCGAGGCCUUGUUGUGGGGCCGCGCACUUCGUGUAUGCGAUGCCAGCUCGGCAGCGCUCUGUCCUCCCUCGGUGAAAAAGUGUCGAGCUGAGAUUUCCAUGUUCGGCUUAGGUACGACUCCUGCGGAUAUGGGUAGAAUCUCGCAGCUGAAGGAGAUGGGCUUCUCAGACGAAGUGUCACGGAGGGUGCUUGCCGAAUGCGCGUGGGACGUGAACAAGGCAAUCGACCGACUGCUGCUGUCAGGCGUUCCAGAUGACAUGCCGCAGCAAGGAGACUCAGAGAAGCCAGGCACCGGAGACCCUCCAGAGGUCCCCGAAGAGCCCGACGAUCUCGAUGCCUCAGCCGAAGCGCGAAGCAGCGACCACGUAGGUGACGUCAACGGCAAAAGUAGCUUCUUCCCGGCCCAGGAGGAGAGUACGCUCGAAGCCGCGAAGGACGCAGAGGCCCCCGCAACGGCCGCAACGUCACAGAACGGAGGAGUUCCGGCUGAGCAGCAGCCGGAAGCUGCGGCAGCGACCAGUGAGGUUGCUUCUAGCGGCACCCCAUUGGUAGCGGCUGCUGAACCCGCAGCUCAGCCCCCUGCCGCCACCCCCGCCGCUCCGACAAAGCGACUCGAGCGGGCGAAACAAGCCUGGACGGCCGGUGAUCCCAGCCAGCUCAGCGUUUCUGACCAAGAGUUUGUUUAUGUGUGGACAGCGACCGCGACAGAGAACGGGUGGAUCCACGCCGAAUUAGCCAAAGACCAGGCAAAAGUGGGCUGGCUUCCCCGGUUGGUCCUCACAGAGCUCCAGGAAGGCCAACGAUGGAUGAAAGCCAAGACCAAGUGGGAGGCACGAGACGAGUCACAGUGUAGUGUGGAGAUUGGCGAGUUCUGCCUGGUGUGGGUUAGCUCCCUCACCAAGGAGGGCUGGACCUACGUAGACUGCCAGGACGCCGCUCUGUUCUGCAGGAUCGUGCCAGCAAGGGCUGGCUGCCAGAUUUCUGCUUGGUGUGGUCCGAGUAGUCAAUACCUCCCGCGAGCCUCUUGGACAGCAGGGGCAGAGUCGUUCUUCGGAACCCCGAACCCCGACACGCUACAACUCCCCCGCAUUUCUCUUCAAACGAGCCUCCUUGCACUUGGGCCAGAGGACGCAGCAAUUACUUUACCCCGACAAUCAACCCCUUUGCUGUCCGCAUCACCACUACCGCCGCCACCACCGCCACCACCGCCACCACACUGCGUGGCUGCCUACCGCCAUCGAGUCGGAAGGCCUCUUUAG